UGUAUCUGUCAGAACCCUGCUACUAGAGCCUGGAUGUGGCUCUGAGUUUCAGGGUCACUGACAUUGAUAAGACACCUGCGUCCCAGGACUCGGAGGAGAAACGGCUGAUGGACUUGGCGGGGAAUUUGCGCGGGGUUUUACUGAGCGGGAAGAGACUGUUCAAAUGAGGGGGAGGGUAUAUAAAGGAGGGUUGGCCGGAGCCUCCCAUUCUUGGCUUUUCUGAUGUUCAUGUUUCCUACAGUAAAAGUUCCUGGUGAUACCACAGAGAGUCUCGUGUGUUCAUUCAGGAGCGGCUGUGGUGAGCUGACACUAAGCCAAGAAUACGGACACCAUCCCGCUGUAGCGGUGAGGUGUAACAUGCAAGUGGAGGAUGAAGAGCUCUUGGGCGCCGGAGGAGGAAGGUCGGAAAGGGCCACUCCCGAGACGGACGCUGAGUUCCACCAGCUGGCGGCCCUGGCGUCAUCCACCGCUUAUGCCCAGCCAAAUGGGGUAACCCAGAGGCGCGGAGUGGUGCGGGGAGAUAGCACCGGAGGAGAGGAAGGUUCACCUUCCCCAGGCCCGCAAAAGAUGGUGUUUCUGGAGGAGAGGAUGUCGGCGAUGGAGACCACCCUGGCAGUGAUGUCGAGGGCGAUGGAGCGCCUGGCGGUUUUGGCGGAGCCGGAGCGAGGAAGGGAACUCCGGGCUAGCUCAAUGUGGGACGUGAGCAUGGGAAGCAGCCAGGGCUUUGCAGACCUCCCAGCACCGAAGGGAAGGGAAAUGCGAAAGGAGCCCGGUGCCCGGCCCAAGAUCCAAACGAGCCUGACGCGGGUGGAGGAGAGUGACGACGAAGGGGAAAAGCCUCCGAGAAUCCCGGCUACGCUCCCAACUGAGACCCUGGUGCCCCUGGCGAAUGCCGGGCGUGGCACAGGACAAAGGGAAGCAGCAGCGGGGCCCACUGGCCCGCAAGGGGGCUUGCGACGGGCGGAGAAUUGGGGAUUGCCACCACAGGGACCCCUACCGAGACGAGAGGAACUAAGGAUCGAGUUUGGGGGAGAGUCCUCUGAACUGGAUUUUUUCCUGACCACGGUGAGGGGCUAUAUGGAGGACAAUGCCCACACUUUUAGAACGGAAUCCAGCCGGGUACGGGCCAUUGGUGCAGUGUUGAAGAGGGGAGCGGCCAGCUGGUACGUUCAACUACACGCGCGGCGCGACCCAUGUCUGGGGUCACUCCGACGCUUUAUGGGGGCCCUGGAGACCCGUUUCCGAGAUCCACUGGAGCAGAUCCGGGCGAGGGAGGAGUUGAAGACCGUCUCCCAGGGGCAGAGGUCGGUAUCUGAGUAUGCGGAGGAGUUCCAAUGCCUCGCUGAAAAGGUGCCGGAAUGGUCUGCAGUGACAAAGAUAGAACUCUUCAAAGAGGGGCUCAGGCGGGAGAUCCUCUCCUGGGCGGUGCAUCGUGAUGAGCCUGACACACUGCGCGGAUGGAUUCAGCUGGCGGGGCGCAUCGAGACAUCGCUGGCCCAGGCGAGGAGGCACCGAGGAGGGCUACAGCAGCGGCCGCAGAUGAAAGAGGGGAGCCGGAAGGAGGGAUCAACCCCAGCCGGGAGGAGAACGGAGCCGACAGGGAACGUGAGCACCAGCAGGAGGGGCUGCUUCGUGUGCGGCCGUUUGGGCCACAGGGCUGCCGAGUGCUGGCAGAGAAAAGGGGAAGGCGGAGGCCCGCCCAAACCAAGAGCCGUGGCAGGGAAACGCGCCGAGGAAGAACCACCGAUGAGGCACCACUCGGGGGGGUUGGACGAAGGGGAGGAGGACGCCAUGUCAGAACCCUGCUACUAGAGCCUGGAUGUGGCUCUGAGUUUCAGGGUCACUGACAUUGAUAAGACACCUGCGUCCCAGGACUCGGAGGAGAAACGGCUGAUGGACUUGGCGGGGAAUUUGCGCGGGGUUUUACUGAGCGGGAAGAGACUGUUCAAAUGAGGGGGAGGGUAUAUAAAGGAGGGUUGGCCGGAGCCUCCCAUUCUUGGCUUUUCUGAUGUUCAUGUUUCCUACAGUAAAAGUUCCUGGUGAUACCACA